CUGAGCGUGCGAGAGAGAAAGACAUCACGCUGCUGCUCCACUUGCACCUCUCUUUCUCUCCACCACCCCUCUCUCACACAUUUCCUUGCUCUCCUCUUUUAAACUGCUGUCAGUUGUCAGAUGUUGACAGGAUGGUGCUGGUGCAGCAGACGUUUCGAAUGGAGCUCUUCUCUUCCAGAAACUGAGGGAAUUCACAGUAAUUAACUUGAAAAACAACAACAACAACAACAAUAAAACUCCACACUUUCCCUCAUCCCGCUCUUCUCUGGUUCUGUGCUUUUGGCCUGCUUUGGCCCAGCCAAAAGAUGAAGCACGCACGCUGUUUGGUGGCUCUGUUACCUUUUCUGUUGGGACUCCUUCUGACUUUUGCGGACGCCAAAGGAACUUUUUAUGGAAACCCCUACAGAUACAAUCUGUACAAGGCUGGAGCAAACCCGCACUACAACCCUGGAAAGCCCAUGAGUCGCCACAAAAACUACUGUGCCUACAUUGUCCAGAAGAACAUCACCUGUACCAUGCAAGACGGAGUGGCCACUUAUGUCAAAGCAGAUUACACCACCAAGUGCAUCUGGGGACAGAAAUGCCCUGUGUUAAUGUAUCGGACAUUCUUCAAGCCUAAGUACAAGAUUGGCUACAAAACAGUGACAGAGCUGGAAUGGCGCUGCUGCCCAGGCCACUCUGGAGAGAACUGCCUUGAUGGGUCUGCGUCUGGCUCAGAUGGCAUGACUCCUCCAUUUAAGGGCUCUGUUCAAGGACCCAGGCCUCCAUUCAAGGGCUUUCCCCAUGGUCAGCCCAGAAUCCCUCCAGACCACACACUCAUCCCUGGGUCAGGGCUGGAGCCUGGCAAACCCUUCCCUUUCCCCCACAACAGACCCAUCCCAACUGGAAAUCUGCCUUCUGGAGGCCCAAAAACAAGUUAUGGCUCAAAGGCUGGCAUCUCUGGCGAGCGUCUGGACCGUAUGGAAGAGGACCUAAGGAGACUGUCUCAGGGUCUGGAUACCCUGAACGGUUUGGUAGCCGGCUUAGAGGACCGUCUUCGUGUCUCUCUCCGUGAGGACACUACCAAGAUGCUGACAACCCUGCUGGGUGCCCCCCGCCGACCUGACUCUUCUGUGGGAUUCGGUGUUAUACCUGAAGGCACACCCGAUGUCCUGGGCAGCAGUGAGGGUUUUCCUGUGCUUGGUGAGCUGGUGGGCAGAGUCACAGAAGUCAAGGACGAGCUACAUGCCAAGAGUAACAUUUUGGACGAAAUUCAUGGCAUGGUGUUGGACCAUGACGGACAGCUGAAGAAACUGAUGGAGGCAGCCGUGGGGAGGCCUGUUACUACUGGGGGAAGCCAGACACUGCUGGAGGAACUUCUGGAUGCCAGGCUGGCUGGUGUGAGGGCUGAGAUCCUGGAUGGCUUUGAGAGAAAGCUAUCCAGUCUGGAGAACCACUGCGAUGAGCAAAUUGGACAGGUACAACAGCAGUGCCAUAAAGAGCACCUGAAUGGGCAGGAACAGCUACAGCAGUCAUUGGACGGCCGUGAAACAGGCCUAAGGAAGGAGCUGAGUAAGCUCCAGACUCAGAUCCAGGGCCUUACUGUGACCGAGAGCUGCUGUGGCCAGGUCAACAGCCUGUCCCACCGCGUGCAGCUGCUGGAGGAGACGAUCAAAGACUUGACAGAGUCUCAGAGGCAGUUGCAGGUAGAACUGAGCGAGCAGACACAUCACUUGGAGACUCUGCUGGAUGUCCGUCUGAUGGACAUGGAAGGUCGGCUUAAUGCCAGCGAGCGGGGCCAGGGAGAGCUUGGUGUACUUGGGACAGCGGUAGGAUCCCUUGAUGGGUUUAAGACCCUUCUGGAUGAUAAGCUGAAGAGCUUGGAAGAACGACUGUUUGUGGCAGUGGAAGAGCUGAGCAAUGCCACAGCUCCAGCUCUACUGGAAGGUCAGGUGGUUCCAGCACUGGAGACGGAAAUUGACAACAUCCGGAGGCAGGUGGAAGCUGGCCUGGAUGGUUUGCAGAAGCAGCUGACAGACCUUGAGCUUCUCUGCACAUCUGCUUGCUCUCCUGCGCCCAGCCCUGAAGUUGCCCUCAUUCAGACAGAAGUGAACGAGUGCAAAGAAGUAGAGAAGAAGGUGUCCAACCGGUUAGAUGUUCACUCAGACAUGUUAGCCCGCCUCAAUGGGACACUACAAGGUCUUCUGACUCAGCUCGCCCAGGAAGACCAGGAAGGUUCCCUACAUGGUGAGAUCACACUUCUCAAGAUCAAUGUAAACUCUGUAAAUCGCACGUUGAAGGGACUUCGUGAUUCUGUUCAGUUUUUUGCUCGGGAGGUGGGUCAGGCCAACUCCACCUGGCAGGAAAGUGAGCAGCGGCUGAGCACACAGGUGCAAGGAAUAAGAGACCUAGUGGGCCAUCAGACGGACCUGUUGGGGGCCGGAGAGCGCCGGUUGAUUCAGCUGAAGGGUGAGCUCCAGAGUCUGAGGAGGAGGCUGACCGGAGAGUUGCAGGGAUGCCGCAGCACAGCACUGGGCGUCCACCGAGAGAUUAUGGGCGUCCAGAGCCGCGUCAGCCAGGUAGAGGGCGAGUGCGGAACCCUGGGUGAGCUGGCUGAUGAACUGGAGAGGAUCCGAGGUGAGCUGGAGAGCCAUUCAGACACCUACCUUGCACAGGUCAACAACACCCUAGCCAGCCAUGGCCAACAGCUGGCCCAGCUCAAGGAUGGACUCCAAGAGUGUGCAAACAAGGCAGACCCCGAUACCCAUCGGGGUGACCAGUAGCCGUCUGGUUACAGAGACGCUUCAAGGCCCAAGGUUGUACAAAUUGGAAAUAAUUCUUUCCUGGUUUGAUUGUCCUUUCUUUUUCAACAGGGCAUUGUCUUCUUCUUCUUCUUUAUAUUCGUUUAUUUUUUUUACAUUUUAUAUUGAUUCUAACUGAUAUUGUUAACUUAUAUGAAGAAAAGCUUGACUGUAUCGAUAUAUACUGUACGGUUUAGACCAGUAUUUCCCAGUCUCUGUCCUUGAGCACUUGGGGUGCAAAAAUUCAUUGAUUUUGGAACAUAAGAAUCGUUUCAGAUUUAUUCAUGAAAGUAACCCAUCAAUUUCUGAUGAAAAUGUAAAACAAUGUCUAUUUUUAAACAUAAUAGUUCAAAAAAGCUGAAUCUAAUGUCAUCAUUAUCUAUAUACCACUGCAGUGUAAAUAUUUCCUCCAGUGACAUUUCAUGAGAUUUCAUGAUGCAGAGAAUAGAUUCCUAAACAAUCGUUGUCAGUCGCAAAUACUAGGGUGUUAUAUGAUUAAUAGGAUGCCCCACAGGGAAAUUAAUCACUUCAGUGCCAGUGUAAUUAGCUGGUUUACUAUUUUUAUGAACAAUCAAGUUUCUGACCCCGAGUCAUGCCACUCCACCCACUGACGUUAACCUAAAUGUUUACGUUAGACUGCCUAUUUAGAUCUCAGUAAUUAGUUGCUAUAUUUAGCUGUCUGACACGCUGCUGGCCAAAUGAGAAGGUUACAUGGAUUCCCAAGAACCUGUACAGUUUUGUAUAAAAUAGACAUUUUAGUAUUUUAUUUGUUCAUUUAAGAUUUUAAAGUUAUAAGUAUUGAAGAUAUCAUGUUGAGGGAUCCAUCUGAAAGCGGUUACUAUUGAUAAGCUGCGUAAUGAAUAACAGGUUGUAGAUACACAUACGUCAGUCCCAUUUGUUUGUUGUUGGUUUAAGCUAUCCACUGAGGUAUGUUAGUAUCCACUGUGAUUGCCCCCGCUGCCCACCCAGUCAUUAUGCUGCUUAAUGCAUUCAAAUUCAAACCCUCCUGAUUUCCAGCAGUAACACACCUGAUUGAUGACCAGCAAAUACCUUCAUGACCCGAAUCAAGCAUGUUAAAUCUGAGAAAAUGUGAGGUGUCAGUGCCAGGGUACUCCAGGGCCGAGACUGAGAAACACUGGAUCAAGUGAUUUGUGAAAUCACGCAUAACACAUCAAAACAAACGAUGUCUGAUCUAUAAGCUGCUACGGACCUCUAAUGGCAAAAGCCCUCCACUCCUGAACCAUCUCUUUCUCUUUUUCAUCUCUAUUUUAAAUUACUGUGUGUCAACAUAAAUGGUGCUAAACAUAUUUUGUAAACGUUUUGUGGUGCGCGAAUGUGAGAAAUGUGUCUCAUUACAUUGUGAUUGUAUUUUUUUCUAAGAGAUUAUAAUAUUUCAUGA